AUAAUGAAAAUCAUCAUGGCUUUGUAGGUCACAAAUCAGAACAAAAUUAUCAAUUCGUUACUCGUUAGAGUCACCAUCGAAAGACUCGUUCUUUUUGCUGCACUGUGUGUACGGCUGAUAGUAUAUUCGCAAAUAGUGGUAAAUAGUUUCUCCCGUUGCAGAGAAACCCUUAACAAAAUCACAUCAAUCCAACGGCUGACGAUUUCGGUGCUGAGUUAGUUGCUGAGAACAGCACUCGCUGAUAUGGUCACAACGUCAACUUCCACAGUUGGUGUGUACACAGCAUCCCAUUCGAGAUUCCUAUCUGUUGCUAUUGUCGCCGCUAUUGAUUGGAUCAGGCUCUACUUUAGAACCGUUCCCUGCGAAGUGUGAGCUAAAAAACAUAAAAAAUUAUAGAUACGAAUAUGAAGAUAACUCUGAAAACUCUUAAGCAACAGACGUUCCACGUUGAGGUGGAUGUCGAGAAGGAUACCGUAAGAAUGUUGAAGGAAAAAAUUUUCAGCGAAAGCGGUCAAGCUUAUCCAGUAGAACGCCAGUGGUUGAUCUAUCUUGGCAAAGUCAUGGAAGACUCACAUCCUCUCAGCCAGUACAAUCUGGACGACAAAAAGUUCGUCGUAGUUAUGAACAAAAAGUCAACAGUUUGCACUAACGACGCAGAGACAGCCGGAGUUAGUUCGAGCAAACGAUCUGACACAGAUCUGAUUACAGUAGUCAACGAAAACGAAAAGCUUGAUAAAAAAGAGCCUGAGUCGAAUGAUGCUGUGGCUAAACCGAAAGACGUAGCUAAUGAGGUCUCCAGUCCAAAUAAAUCAACAGCUUCUACCUCUGUCUCUGCCUCUGCGCCCAGCCCUAAUCAACAGAAAACAGAAACAGAUCAACCCCAUCCCCAAUCAACCGGCGAAAGGCCAGCUACAGGCGAUGAACCCAACCGCGAAAAUAUGUCCCGCGAGUGGAUGGAAAAUGUCCGAAGGAUAUCAGAGAUGGGAUACCCGGAAGUUAGCGUUAUUGUCGCGCUAGAAAUAUGCAGCAACAAUCGAGAGGCUGCGGUCGAGUAUCUGAUGGAUAAUGCAGCCGACAUGGCAGUUGAUUUGCUUGAACAGCAAUCCGCAGAAACCCCAGCCGCCAGUGUACCAGGGAUAGGUGUUUCCGGAUUGCAGGCACCUGAUAUGGCAGUCGCUGCUGGAGGUGCGCGGAACGAGAGACCACUCGCUUUCCUGCGCGGAAAUCCAGUCUUUUUCGAAAUGAAACGCCUACUACAGGAAGACCCGAGUCUGCUACCGUAUCUGAUGCAGCGAAUUCAGUACAGUAACCCUAACCUAAUGCGCAUCAUCAGUGAAAAUCAGGAAGAGUUUCUCGCAAUGAUCAACGAAAAUUCUGAGUUGGCCCCGGAUAACAGAGAAGCACAGGAAUUGGAGAGCAUUGCCGCUGCCAUGGUGAACAGUCUGACUCCCUCCGAUAUGGAUGCGAUCGAUCGGUUGAAGGCGCUUGGCUAUCCGGAACACCUCGUCAUUCAGGCAUACAUAGCAUGUGAACGCGACGAAUACAAGGCGGCUGAAUUUCUCGUCUCACAGAAUUUGGAAGACGAAGAUUAGAUUUCUUGAUCAUAGAUUUUUCUCGAUAAUACCCCUAAACAUGCCUACCUAAUUUUAUAAAACUCCCUAUAGACGUUCAUUUCACAUUUCGAACAAACUAAACAAAGCAAAAAAAGACCAAAUUCAUGGACGUGUUACAACAUUGCGGUCCAUUUUGAUUUGGUUCGAUUUGCAUGGAUGAACCCACUAACGUUCAGAUUGCCGACCACAAGCAAAAUAUAACCGCCGGUUCUCAUACGUUAAAAAAAGCAAAAUUUGAUGGAUGAAAGGAAUAUUUUUGUGGGUUUAAUACAAUGCAGCGUUCGUAAAAACGAAGAUUCGAAUAUGUGAGUUAUCCAAAGGAAAAGACAGGCAAAGUCAGUAUAGUUUUAGAUUUUGUUACUACAAACGUUUUACAAGGGUGUCAUUUUUGAAUUGGUUUUGAUUGUCUCUUGCUGUAGCAGGACUCUCAGAUGGUGAAGUAUAUGUCAAUCUAAGCGAUUGAUUACAUUCAGAAUACAGAUAGAACAUACAUUAAGGUAUUCGAAAAAAUGCUGCAACGUAAAAGAAACAUCAAAAGAUAAACCAACGCCUGUGUUUCCUUUAUUGGACACGGGAAAUUGUGAA